AUGUCUCCGGCGGCUGGGGCUGCUGGAGCAGGCGACCGGCGGCGGCCGAUAGCGAGUGUCAGGGACGGCCGGGGCGGGGGCUGCAGCGGCCCUGCCGGGGCGGUGCUCCUUGGACUGUCGCUGUUCGGCCUUGUGCUGUACCUGGUGCCGGCGGCGGCUGCCCUGGCCUGGCUGGCUGUCGGGGCUACCGCGGCCUGGUGGGGACUGAGCCGCGAGCCCCGAGGUUCGCGCGCCUUUUCCUCGCUCGUUCGCAACACACGGCGUCAGCGACCACUGUUUACUUCGCCACCGGUCAAGUCGGCAGUAAACGGAAGUCUCUUAGAGCCGCGUACCCUCCUUGAAGGACCCGACCCCGCCGAACUACUCCUCAUGGGUAGUUACCUGGGCAAGCCUGGCCCUCCGCAGCCUCCCCCUGCUCAGGAGGGCAGGGACCUGCGAGAGAGGCUUGGCCGCCGCCCAGCCCCUCGGCCCUCGCCGCCCGCCCCCUCGGCCCAUCGCAUUCCCCGCGUUCAGCCCUCUUCCCCCACUCCUCUUCUCCGACCCUCCCGGAGGCUUCCCCACAGGGAUUGUGGGACUUUGCCGAAUCGGUUUGUAAUAACACCUCGGAGACGAUAUCCAAUCCAUCAGGCCCAGUAUUCCUUGCUGGGGGUGCUUCCCACAGUGUGCUGGAAUGGCUGUCACAAGAAGACUGUGCUGUCUGCUCGCAAUUCCAAGAUGGUGUGCAGCCCGGUGACAGUGAGGAUUGCUCCUCCUGACAGGAAAUUGAUCCAUUCGCCAGUACCGGAGCAGUUGAUCGGUUCAGCACUGUCAUCACCAUCAGGGAGUGUUCCAGACCCCUGUGCAAAGGAGACUGUGCUGAAUGCCCUCAAGGAGAGGAAGAAAAGGAUGGUGGAAGAGGAAGACCAAAUAUUCUCCGACAGCCAGGAGAAUAAAAGACGGCGCCAUGAUAGCAGUGGAAGUGGACAUUCAGCAUUUGAGCCACUGGUGGCCAAUGGAGGCCCUGCGUCUUUUGUGCCGAAACCUGGGUCUCUGAAGAGAGGUUUCCAUUCCCAGAGCUCUGAUGACCACUUGAAUAAGAGAUCCCGCACUUCUUCCAUGAGCUCCUUGACAAGCACAUAUGUGGGUGGCAUCCCUAGUUCCAGCCGCAAUGCCAUUACCAGUUCCUAUAGCUCUACUCGUGGUUUCUCUCAGCCGCGGAGGAGAGGUGGUCCCGGCUCAUCACCCUUUUCUAGUGCAGCCUCAUCCCGCUCCCAGACACCAGAGAGGCCGGCAAAAAAAAUAAGAGAAGAGGAGCUUUCUCAUCGCUCUAGUUCUGCAACUCCACUGGUGACAGACAAGGAGUCCCAGGGAGCAAAGGUUGCAGAUACAACCAUGGGAAAGAAGCAGAACUUAUGGAAUUCCCCAUCUACACCUGGCAGCUCGGGGCAGCGCAAACGGAAGAUUCAGUUGCUGCCCUCCCGGCGAGGGGACCAGCUGACCCUGCCGCCGCCUCCCCAGCUUGGCUAUUCGAUCACUGCCGAAGACCUGGACUUGGAAAAAAAGAUGUCGUUCCAGUGGUUCAACAAGGCCCUGGAGGAUAAGACGGAUGCUGCCUCAGACUCUGUCGCUGAGAGCCCGCCUGCCACUCGGCCCCCUGUCACUUUCACCCUGCCUGCUGCCGGAGCCGCUGCGUCAGCACCCUCCCUUCCGGCCCCCAGCUCUAACCCGCUGCUGGAGAGCUUGAAGAAGGUGCAGGACUCCCCGGGCCCAGCAGCUCGCCCAGAACCUGCUGGAGGGGCACCCACUGUGGCCCAUUUACCUCCGAAGACACCCAGCCUUGGGGCUUCACAGUCAGGGACCUCUUCAGAUUCAAAACCCACAGCCACUUUCCCGGGGCUGAUCCCUGAUUCCACGGUACCAGUCACUGGCACCAUCAAGACCCCUGCAGCCCUCCAGGCUGAGACAUCUGCCAGAUCCCCCGCCCCAGCUGCCCCGUCCCCCAUCCCCAAGCCGAGUAUUCUGUUUGGAAUGCUGAGCACCCCAGCUUCUCACCCGCCUGCGGCUCCUGAGGUGUCUUCUGCAUCUCCUGUCUUCAAGCCCAUUUUUGGGGCCCCACCUAAAGGUGAGCAGGAAGGCCCCCUGCCUGCUCAGCCUUCAGUCACCACCGCAGCGUCUUCCAGCUCCGCCCUUCCUGUGAUGGCUGGUACCUCGGCCCCCACUUUCAAGCCCAUCUUCGGCAGCACGGAGCCACCGACAUCUGUGCCCUUGUCAACUCCUUUCUCUUUCAAGCAGACGCCUACUCCGGCUACUACCACAACUGCUCCUCUCUUCACUCCCCUGCCCAGUGCCACCUCUACAGGGGCUUCUGUUACCACAGCCAGUACAUCCACAGACUCUGUUUCAAAGCCUCCUUUUGGCUUUGGUGUAAACAAUGUAACGAGCACCAUGAGCAGUGUGACUAGCACCACUUCUACUUCCCAGCCUUUCCUCUUUGGGGCACCCCCUGCCUCUGGUGCCAGCUUUACCCCAACCAUGGGUUCCAUAUUCCGGUUUGGCAAGUCUCCUGCCAUGCCUCCUUCGACAGCAGUCACCACCUUUGGCCAGCCCCUUCCCAGUGCUGUCCAGACCGCCCCCAGCAGCAGCACCGCAGGCUUCACUGGUUUUGGCAGCACCCUCACUACUUCAGCCCCGGGUACCAGCAGCCAGCCUACUCUGACAUUCAGCAGCACCACCACCCCAGCGUUCAACAUUCCCUUUGGUUCAAGCACCAAGCCCCCUCCCCCAUCAUAUCCAGGAGCCAACCCCCAGCCCACGUUUGGGGCUACUGACGGGCAGCAGCAAGGGGCCACCAAGCCAGCCCUUGCCCCAAGCUUUGGCAGCUCUUUCAAUUUUGGAAACUCUGUGGCCCCAGCUGCAACUCCAGCGCCAACCCAUGCUCAGCCAGCCUUUGGCAGCACUACACAAGUGGCCUUUGGUGGUUUGAAAACGCCAGCCUCCACCUUUGGUGCCCCUGCCAGCACCCAGCCGGCCUUUGGCAGCACCACGCCUGUCUUCUCCUUUGGUACAGCCACCACUGCUGGCUUCGGAGCCACAACCCAGACCACCAGCAGUGGGACCAGUAGCUCAGUGUUUGGCAGCACGCCAUCGCCCUUCACAUUUGGGGCUUCAGCAGCACCCGCUGGCAGUGGGGGCUUUGGGAUCAGUGCGGCUGCCCCAGGCACCAGUUCCAGCUCCACACCAUUCAACUUCGGAGCAGGACAGAGUGGGACCACCGGCACCACGGCCCCCUUUGGGGGAGGCCUGAGUCAGAACACCUUGGGCGCGCUCAGCCAGAGCUCAUCCUUCGCCUUCAGCGUGGCCAGCACGCCCGACAGCAAACCUGUGUUUGGAGGUUCUUCUACGCCCACCUUUGGUCAGAACGCGCCUGCCCCUGGAGUGGGCACGUCAGGCAGCAGCCUCCCGUUUGGGGCAUCCUCAGCACCGGCCCAGGGCUUUGUGGGAGUCGGCCCUUUUGGCUCGGCAGCGCCUUCCUUCUCCAUCGGUGCGGGAUCCAAGACCCCAGGGGCUCGGCAGCGCCUGCAGGCCCGAAGGCAGCACACCCGCAAGAAAUAG